AUGGCCGACGACGAACUGACCGAGUUCUACCCGCUCGCGACCCGCGGCGACGAGCCGCCUGCGCCCGUGCCGCCUGCAGCAGCAGCCGCAGCAGAGCCCGUCCCGCCGCUGCAAGACGCGCCCUGGGCCACGUCGCGCGACCACGUGGCGCUGCAGUUUUUCUGGCAGGGCAGCGACGCGUUCGUCACGUGCAAAGACUCGGAGAGCGUCGUCCCGUGCUUUGCCAGCGCGCAGUGCGCCGCCAGUGAGUUUGUGCAGCUCGUGCCGGUGACCGAAGUGCGCGAGCGGCAGAUCCUCGACGCCAUGCGCGUGCAGCUCGUGUCGGUCGACUCGGACAAGUACCUGCGCGCGACGCACGUGAGCAAAUACCUCAAGUGGUCGCGCACGCGCGACGAGCAGACAGUGUUUGUGAUUCAGAUCGCCGACCGCAAACCGCUGAGUGCGAGCUCGCGGUUCACGCUCACGAGCUGUUUCUGGCCCGAGCGCGCCGUGGGCUUUACGCAGACGUUUCCACUGGGCGGCGGCCGCGACGUGAGCAAAGCCAUUGGCUUUCUCACGCUCGAGAAGCGGAAGAAACAGGCGCCGCUGCUGUUUCCGAUUCGGUUCCGAGCAGUGCUGCGCGCCCAGCGCAACGAGCGGCCGCUGGCGACCGCUGCGCGGCUGGGGCGCUGCACGCCGUUGGUCACGGCGACCGAUAUGCAGUUUAUCGGCGACGAGGACGCAGACAGCGUCAGUGACGUCCCGCUGGCUCGCGUGGCCACCGGACCAGAACCAGAUGGACAAGAGACAGUGCCGAGUCGCAGCAGCAGCAGCAGCCACUACGUCGGGGCUGGCUCGGACCAGGACGGCUGGGAGAGCUGCACGUUUUGCGGCGGCCGGUUCCGGGCUCGGAGCGACCUCAUUGCCCACAUUCGCGACGGCCACGGCGAGAUGCUGCACCGCGUGUCGGUUCCUGGCACGUUUUGUGUCGACUGCGGCACCCGUCGGGUCAAUGGACGCUGUACGCGAUGCCGUCCCGACGUCUAG